UAAGUUAUUAUUAGCAUUAGGCUUAAGUUUCAACGGCGGUUCAAAUGGAGAGCCCCGGCUCCAGCGUUGAAGCCUUAAUGGAUGCUCAACCAUGAUUCAUGAAAAUUGGGGGUUGCAUCCUGUUCAAAGUUCAAAUAAGGAGCAUCCAAAACAACCGCUAAUGAAUUGCCUCUUUAGAACUCAGUCUGACCAUCCCUUUAGCCCAGCCCUUUCCUGUAGAAUUCAUGAAGACAAAAAACUGGGUAGUAGAUACUCCUCUCAAGUCUCCUCCAUCGUGGUGAGAACAAGAUUGAGGUUGAAAACCUAGUUUUAUAAUGUUGGGAUCUUUCACCAAGAGAAGCUUGACCAUGACCUAUUUACCAGCUAACUCCACCACCAAUAUGAAUUCAAGUGUUUCCUGACCAUGACCUCGUGGACCUCAUCAAUUGCAUACCUAGUGAAGUUCUUUUCUGUAAAUUUGUGCAAGACACCCAGGACGGUCAUUAUAAGUAAUCAAACUUUGAGUUAAUGUACUAAGAGCUCUUUGAAUUCAGAUAUCAUUAAAACUUGUUGUGCUUGCUCAUUCUGACACUAAAAGGGACGUGCAUUGCUUGGGUCAUUGUUCUUUUUGUUUAUAUGAUAUAAAAAGUCCAGAAGAGCUCUGCUCUGAACUCAGUAUGGAGACAUCAGCCUUAAUGUUUUUUUCUAAAUCUAAGAAAGUAGCUAUCAGUUUGUCUUAAAACUAAAUUGUGUAUAUUAUUUUGGUUUUUGAAUUCAGCCAGCGCUGUCAAUAGGCAAUGUGGGGCAGUUAGCAGUAGAUUUGUUGGUUUCCUCAAUGAGAGCUGCAAGAAUUGGUUAUUUGGACGACCCAUGUGUUCUGCCUUGUAUUGGUAACAAUGCUUAUGAGCCACUUCCUAUGGGGGAGCUUGCCCUCCCUCUUGAAGUUUAUGAAUCAACAGCUAAUGCUUUGACCCUUGUUCAGCAAAGGUCACCUGUGAUCAAGGGGAAAGUGGUUGAUUUUGCAAAGAACUUGGCUGAUUUUAUUGCAACUUGUGGUAAGAAGCAUGUUGUUCUGCUCUCUAGCUUAGAUUUUGGAAGGUGGCAACAAAUUGACACAUCGAGUGGUUCGCAGAUACAUUAUCUUUCUAGCACCAAGGACGACGGAACUGAUGACUACUGUGAACAAAUGGGAUGGAGAAGCCUGCAUGAAUAUGAUUCAGAGCAGUCACGAUGGAAAUAUCUUAGCACUCUAACCGAAGCCAAGACUACACAGGAGGACGGCCCACCUUCUGAUGAAGAGUUAGAGGAGGGAGACUACCUUCCAAGUCUACCAUUUGCCUCUCUUUUCACUUUUUUGAAGGCGAAAGGUAUAAAGGUCACCUGCUUAUUAUGCUAUUGUUCAGAAGGAGACAACAUUCCUGAUGCUUUCAAUUUGGCUGAGGCAACAGGCAAACUUCUGGGUCUGCGUCCUGGUGAUGAAGGCAUCAAAUGGGUAAUCCCCUAUUCUUGGAAGUCUGUUUAUGGACCCCCACCAGAUCUGUCCAUCUUCUAGGCAAAGAUGGAUUGAGGAUGGGACUCCUUGUCAGUUUUGCUAAAAUGAUGCCAGAAGAGCCAGUUCAAGAAAAUUGAUCUUGUAUAGUAAAGUAGAAAUGAAAAACCUCUCAAUCCAUUCCGUAACAAGGUGAAUGCUUCCCCUCUUUUUAGUUAAUUUAUUCUACUUUUGUCAAUUUGGAAUUAUAAAUUUUCUGUCUUGGAGUUGUGUAUUCAAAUGGUAAUUGCAUAUCUAACCGUGAUUGAGGUAAAGUUUUAUUGAUUAAAA